AGACACCAGCAACCUCAGAGACACCAGCCACCUCAGAGACACUAGCCACCUCAGAGACACCAGCCACCUCAGAGACACCAGCCACCUCAGAGACACCAGCCACCUCAGAGACACCAGCCACCUCAGAGACACCAGCCACCUCAGAGACACCAACCACCUCAGAGACACCAGCCACCUCAGAGACACCAACGUUCUCAGAGACACCAACCACCUCAGAGACACCAACCACUCUAGAGACACCAACCACCUCAGAGACAUCAACCACCUCAGAGACACCAACCACUCUAGAGACACCAACUCGGAAGUUCAGCUGAGACGGCCCAAGAAGGAGGAGAUCACUGCCGGAGUGGACAUCAUCCUCAAGUGCCAGGUGUCCGGCAACCCGGAGCCAACCAUCUUAUGGUACCACAACAAAUUCAG